AUGUUGUUCAAGUCGACUUUGCUUCCCUUGGUGUUGAUGCUUGUUGGUGAUGGCCUCGCUGCAAAGAACAACCACUGUCCUCCCCUAGGCCCAGUCCUCCCAGCGCCGACAAGUCCAAGCACCAACAAUGCGGUCAAAACUGCCGUCAAGACUCUGACCGAAGGGCUCAAGGCUCUCACGGGGUCGUUUAACAACACGGCCAUGUCAAUCGGCAUGGUGUCCCUUCAUGAGGAUGAGCCGAUUCUCAAUCUGCACCACACACCGGCGAAUCUGGAUGCGCGUGGAGUCAAAGAGGUUGACGCCCAUACGGUGUAUCGUAUUGGAAGCGUUUCUAAGGCUUUUACUGUUCUUGCGGCGCUCAAGUUGUCGGGCGUGAGGAUGGACGACCCUGUGACAAAGUAUCUUCCUCGAUUGCGAAAAUUGGGCAAGCAGCAGGACAAGAAGAAUAGCAUCACCGUCGUCGAUUGGGAUCGUAUUUCGCUACAGGCGUUGGCUUCGCACAUGGGCGGUAUCCCGGCGGACUUGGCUACUGAUCUGGCGAGCUUCCCCAUCGACUGGACCAAACUUGGUCUUCCCGAGGCAAAAGACGUCCUUGGGUGUAUCGGCUUUAGUGGUGUCAAGGCCUGCACUGUACCUGACUUUUGGGCCAACUUUGGCAAACGAUCCCCGGUGUACUCACCCUGGAGCAGUCCGAUCUACUCAAAUGUCGCAUUUCUGAUUCUUGGAUUGGUGAUUGAAGAAGUCUCUGGGCAAAAGUUUGAGGAUUUUGUUCAAGAGAAGGUACUUGACGUGGCCGGCAUGACGAGCACGACUUACACCAAGCCUGAGGACUCUGUCGGGGCCAUCAGUCCGGGUGACGUCUACUGGAACGCAACCUUGGGCAUCCUAGACCCGGCUGGCGGUUAUUACUCCUCCACCAAGGAUCUCCUCGCAUUCGGUUCAUCCAUCCUCAAGAACAAGCAACUCACCCUUAAAGCCACCCACAAAUGGCUCAAACCCGUUUCCUUCACCACUUCUCGCGGCAUGUUCCUCGGCGCGCCGUGGGAGAUUAUGCGCUCCGACAACGUCACAUCCGACGAGCGACUCGUCGAGUUCUACACCAAGGGCGGAGAUUUGGGAACUUACCACGCGCUCGUCGCCAUGAUUCCAGACUAUGACAUUGUUAUUAGUAUUUUGACGGGCGGACCUGAGACUUCGGGUGGGGCUGUGCAGUUGCUCUUUUCGCAGGUUGUCACGACAAUGUUGCCUGCGAUUGAAGCUGCUGGCAAGGCACAAGCCAAGGCAUCAUUUGCUGGGAAGUACAUCAACAAGGAGACUAAUUCGACACUCGUUCUCGAAGUCGAUGAUGAAGGUCCAGGAUUAAACAUUGCAAAAUGGACAGUUCGUGGCACAGACGUCAGUUCCCACUGGCUCAACUACCUCUCUGCCAUCUCGUCAAGCCUCCCCGAGAUCCAAGUCUCUGCGCGCCUGUACCCGACGGACCUGGCCGCAGGAGAAAAGGUCGCUUGGCGCGCUGCAUACGAUCUUGGAUCACCGGAAGAGAUCGCACAGGCGGAUGCGCAACUGUUUUGGAAGGAUGCGAGUUGCUUGUCGUGGGGGAUGGGUGAUAGGGCAGUGCAUGAGUUUAAAGCGUUGGAUGAGAUGGUAUUUACAGUGGAGGAGGGGAGAUCUACAGGCGUGGAAUUGGUGGGGUUCCAGACGAUCUUGCGGAGGGUGGGAUGA